AUGUUUUUUCUCUUGUUUGAAUCUUUGUUGUUCCUCCAGUUCUUUGCGGUGGGAGCAAUCAAAAUACCUGAGAGCUACUGGACACUCAAACCAAAUGUGCUUGUGGUGGAUGUGGACACAGAUAAAGAUGUCAACAUGGUAGAAGUACCCCUCAUCUGUGGAGAAGCCUAUGAAGGGGAAAAUGUUACAUGGACCAAAAACCAAGGGGAAGGCCUGGAGGCAAAAGGAAACAAGAUUACAGUUACAAUAGAGGGGUGGAAGGGGGGCAACUACUCCUGUUUCAACACUGAGGGCUCCUACCUGAACCAUUCACUGGUGCUUGCUCAGUGGACUUUCAGGAAGAUUAUCAAGAACACACCCGACAAAGGUUACAUCCAUUGUUCAACAAAUAACUAUGGAGGCUCCUUCCAAUGUUCCUGGACAUGGGGUGCGAACAGGGAUGGACGCGUUGCUGUUGUUGCUCAUAUCAAAGCCACACGAUCUCACAGUGAAAGCAACAUCAACUGCCAUCUGGAUUCCAGUGGACAGAGUAUCACAUGCUUAGACCAAGACUACUGUCCCUAUGCAGAAGAGGUGGAGCGCAUCAACCUAACCAUCUACUUCAGAAGCAACUUUGUUGUAGAAACCUACUCCACAAAGUUUUAUAUCAUGGAUAUUGUGAAGCCUGAUAUGGUAGUGAUUAACGGGAUCAAUCAAACAUCUGUAGAACUAGGAUAUCCACAAUCCUGGAGCACACCAGCCUCCUACUUCCCUCUCACCUUCCAAGUAAAAGAGAUUCGCUGUCGGAAACGCAACAAAUGUGACUGCUCCAAUCCCAACUCACAAGAGGAGAUUGUAAAAAGUCACCAGCUACCAGUGACAAAAGGGAUGACCGUAUGUGUGAGAGCACGGGAUGAAUUCUGUAAUUCCUCUUGGAGUGAGUGGAGCCAGCACAAAUGUAAUACCAGGAAGAACAGGAGACAGAGGAACCGAAAAAACAAGUUAAAUAAGAUAUUCUAA